GUAGCCAAAAUGCUAGCUUCUGCUGAUCUGAAUCACAAUGGCUGCAGCAAUAUCUCCAUCUCUUUUAAUUCUCCUGGGUUUUAUGGUCUUCAUAGGAAGCUUAUCUGAAGGAAGUAAAGAAGAAGUGGGUAUAUAUGAGAUCAAGAAUGGCAACUUCUCUGUAAAGAUCACAAACUAUGGGGCAACUGUGAUCUCUGUUAUCCUCCCUGAUAAAAAUGGAAAACUGGAAGAUGUAGUUCUUGGGUUCGACUCGGUCGAUGAUUACAAGAAUAACAAAGCUUAUUUUGGUGCCAUACUUGGGCGGGUAGCAAACAGGAUUGGAGGAGCAAAAUUCAAACUUAAUGGCACUGUGUACAGAUUGCCAGCAAAUGAUCAUGGAAACACUCUCCAUGGGGGUCCCAGUGGAUUUAGCUAUGUGGUAUGGAAAGUGGAAGAUUACAAGAAGGACCAUCAUCUCACUCUGUCCUAUAACAGCUCUGAUGGAGAACAAGGAUUCCCCGGGGAGCUUUCUGUGAAGGUGACCUAUAUGCUCAUCGGCAAAAACAAGCUUAUCCUAAGAAUGAAAGCCAAGGCUGUGAACAAGGCCACGCCAGUAAAUCUGGCCUCACAUACCUAUUGGAAUCUAGGUGGCCAUGACAGUGGAGACAUCUUGUCACAUAAGAUCCAGCUGUUUGGCUCAAAGAUCACUCCUCUCGAUGAACAGUUCAUUCCAACAGGUGUCAUUGAACCAGUGAAGGGUACACCAUACGAUUUCCUGACGGCCCGGGUUAUCAGGAGUCGGUGGGAUGAGCUUCCGGGUGGGUACGACAUCAACUAUGUGUUGGACAGCUACAGGUUCACGCAUCUGCAGAAGGCUGCUGUCAUUGAAGACCGGAAAUCCAGCAGAAAAUUGGAUAUGUGGACUAAUCAGCCUGGUGAUAUCUUGUCACGUAAGUACCGGCUGUUCAGCUCAAAGACAACACCCUUGGAUGAUCAGCUCAUCCCAACCAGUGCAAUUGAACCAGUGAAGGGUACAUUCGGUUUCCUGAAGACCCGAGUUAUUAAGAGUCAGUGGGAUGAGCUUACGGGUGGAUACGGUAUCAACUACAUGUUGGACAGUCACAGGUUCAGGCAUCUGCGGAAGGCUGCCGUCGUUGAAGAUGGGAAGUCCGGCAGAAAAUUAGAACUGUGGACUAAUCAGCCUGGUGUUCAGUUCUAUACUAGUAAUAUGUUGAACGACACAAAGGGGAAAGGCGGUUUUGUGUACAGAAAACAUGCAGCAUUGUGCUUGGAAACUCAAGGCUUUCCAGAUGCUGUGAACCACCCAAACUUCCCGUCCCAGAUUCUGAAUCCAGAGGAGACGUAUGAUCAUGUCAUGGUAUAUAGGUUCACAGCUCAUUAGGAUUUAGAAACGGUUUUCUUGUGUGCUUUUGUUACUGGUGGUAUAGGUUUCUUUCAAAAAAUUGCACAGAACUGACAGAUGUGAGCCUAUAAAAAUGGUUCAGUGCAAACAAGAACGGUUGAUGAAUAAUAAUAAUAAUAAUAAUACUCCG